AGGCGGCCAACAUUUGACUCACGAAUCUUGAACGGGACGGUUGUGUGACUAGAAGAAGAGCUUCCUAUUGCUUGCGCGAUUGUACACCCACUUGUAGAGUAGCCGUACUUCCCGGUAGUAAAACUUAUACAUAUCCUGACUCGGACACCAUCCGGCUAAUCCAAUGUGUAACUCUCGAUCCAGUGAAACCACAAACGACUACGUCAAACGCAGUCCAGUUCGGUGGAGGAUGUGUGCAUAAAGUGAGCAAGAAGACAGUCGAAACUAAGUUUUUAUUUAACGAUAAAAAACAAACCUUAGUUCGAAGUCGCUGACAGUUUUAAGUAGCACGAAGAAAAAACAAAUAAGGCUGUGAAUAAUUGCAUAGAAGUUUAUUUAUUUAUUCUAAUUUAUACAACAUAACUAACUAGAGCAUCUACCUGAUUUGGAUACAAAAUUGCAGCAAAUAACUAUGGAUAAGAGUCGACUUUCAACUUGUUUUUAUUUGUGCCUCGCUAUGCUACUGGAUUCGUCACAAGGGCACCCAACCCCGUCACAGCAGUUAAAGAUCAACAGCAGCAGCAGCAGCAGCAAUAUGCUGCCAACGGUCAAGAAAGACGUCUUCAUGUCGCGAGGUUGGGGCGCCUCCGGAAUGCCUUUCACCAUGUUUUACCUCAAUCACUACGCUAAGGCACAGAAAGCGUACGCCCAGAGUCAGGCGCAGCAACAACAACAACAACUUCAAAGACUACGUCAGCAGGAACAUGACGAAAGCAGAUUGCGACCCGGUGAGGACCAGAUGUCCUUUGAACAACCAAGAAUACUACCAUACGGAACACGAUAUGCGGAGCCACAAGCAGACGCACAUCAUAGCGACUAUGAUCGAAAUGGCCCCAAAGAGGACGAGUACACCGAUAGUACUAUCUAUUUACCCGCAAAAUCAAGUUUACCUCGACGGCACUACAAUGUACCUCAACUCUUCGUAUCCUACGGCUGGGGACCGAUGGGUUAAUCGUCUCCGCCAGCGCACGACGAGCACAUUCAAUCAGUAAUGACUACUCUGUGUUAUUCUGUGUAGUUCAUCUCUAUUCAUGUAUAUAUUUGUACCCGUGUGCGCCUUCCAUUGUUUCGCAAGCAAACGCUUGCUUGCUACUCUCUGCUAAAUGUGCAUCAACAGUCAAAAAUAAAUAAAUUUAAAGUCUCA